UAUUUCCUGACUUACAAUAGGACAUUGUUUUAGAAGGAGCAAACAUGCGACUACAUUUAUAAUUCUUUCUAAAGCAGGGUGUAUAUUUGAAAAUAUUCAAAAUGGAACAAGACUUGCAUCAAAAUGGAUUCCAUCGAGAAAGAUAAAUCACUUUUGAUCAUACCAGAUUGGCCCACCGAAAAACCAGCCAUUUUUCGUCCAGUAUACCAGUUCAUUGCGAUAGAAAUUAUUACCAUUCUGUAUUUUGGAGCUUUGGUGGCAAUGCUUCCAAUCCAACAGUUUUAUGUUAUAGACGAAGUUGCAAAGAAAUAUGGAGAAGACGGCGAAAAGUCAAACGUUGACCACUGCCCAAAAGGCCUUGUAUUUUCCAACAAUACAAGUAAUAUGGUACAAGCCGAAUCCGCAAACAUACUGAUGUAUCUGGGAUUCGUUGGCACGUUAAUCGCUGUAGUUCCUAUUUUGGUAUUUGGUUCACUCACGGACAGAUACGGAAGAAAAUUUCCAAUCUAUCUAUCAUUGGUUGGGAUUUUACUAAAAGAAAUUGUAAUGACUGUAACCGUUUACAAAGGGUUGUCACUCUGGUUUUUAGCUUUGGGAGAAUUUUUCCUCGGCAUCACAGGACAUUUUGGUCUAUUUCAAACUGCUACGAUGGGGAUGAUUGCCGAUAUUACAACUCCUGGUAAAAACAGGGCGAUAAAGAUAACCAUAUUGGAAGGAACUGCAGCCGUUGCCGUUGCGUUUUCGGUUUUAUGUAUUGGUUUUUGGAUAAAAGACGGGAAUUAUAGACACCCAUUGAUAAUGUGCAUCGCAUGUACCGUUUUGUCUCUAAUAUUAACAUUAACAUUACUGUCCGAGACGGCUAAAACAAACAAAAAGAAGAAUACCAGGAUAUGCACGAAAUCAGUUAUGUGCGCAUGUUUCGAUGUGUACAGAAAUGGAAAAAGGAAAAGAAAUAUAAAAAUAUUGAUAGGACAAAUGAUAUUGUGUAUCAAUGCUGGGGCACUUUUGGGGAAAUCUAACGUUGUUACUUUAUUCCUGCUACACAAGCCGUUGUGUUGGAGCGGGGUUCACAUUCAGGUUUUCACAUGCAUCCAAUUCUUAGUGAACUGGGGUUCAAUAUUAGUUUUCAUUAAAAUUUUACACAAAUACCUUGCAGAUUACACCAUUGUAAUAGCAGGAACAGUGUCGGCCAUAGCAAGCUCUGUCACUUUGGCUAUUAGUACAAAAGAAUGGAUAGUUUAUUUAUAUGCAGUGAUUGGUAUAAUGGCAGUCUCGAUUUCCCCCUUACUAAGAUCGGUUCUUUCAAGGCUGGUGUCACCAGUUGAACAAGGAAGCCUUUUUGCUUGUAUUGGUAGUUCUGAAUUAUUGCUGACGUCUCUUGCACAACUGUUUUAUGGUAUUGUUUACAAAGAGACUGUUAGCUAUCUUCCAGGGUUGGUGUUUUUGAUAACGGCUGGAAUUCUAGUCAUAGAAUUAUGUUUAUCUAUAUUUUUACGCAGUAUUAUGUCCAAAGAACCAAUAAUUGUUACCGAAACAGAAAAAUGAAGGUCUCCUUAAUUUAAGAGCGGUCUGUAUCAGGAAAAUAUAAAUCAUGAUUUUAUAUCAAAUAUGGAAGCUGAAAUCUCCAAUAUUUAAGAUAUGUGAGCGUAGUUUAUCAAAAACAAUUGUAAAAUAUCUUGUAUUUGAGAGCUGUAUAUGUAAGAAACAAUGAAUAUAUCUGAUUAGUUUUAAUACAUGUCUCCUUAAUGUAUGAAAUCUCAGAAAUUGUAAAAGUUGUCUCCAUUAUGCUGUUCAUCUAAAUUUUGAGAUCUUUCUAUUUAUAAAAGAAACAGUGGUUGAACUUUCUAAUAUUUGAGGCAAACAGUGCUUAGAAACCCUUGAUAUAAAGAUCUGUCUCUAGUUGUUUUUUACCAGACAUUUAAUUAAAGCAUACAGUGUUCAUUUGAUUUAUUACAAUUAUACAACUGACUUUUUA